AUCUAUUUAGCUUAGCUUGCAAACAGGGGUUUUCUGUUACCUGGAAAAUUGAGCUGGACCUCGCUGACUCGCACUUCAAACCUAGAUUUGCACUUGUGUGGGAAAAUGUCGGAUUUUGAGGAGUUUGAGAAACAACUAAGCGAAAACCGGCAAGAGAGAGAUAGGGAACGGCACAAGAGAAGGAGCCGAAGCAGUUCACCCAGCCGCAGCGACAAGCACCGAAGCUGGAGCAAAGACCGGGGCAGUCGCAGCAGGGACCGCAAGAGCCGCGACAGGAGGAGUAAUUCCAGGGACCAUAAAAAGCACAGUUAUUCUCCACGGAGAACAAGGAAGAAAAAGACAUACAAAUACUGGGAUAUGCCUCCCCCUGGCUUUGAACACAUCACUCCCAUGCAGUAUAAGGCCAUGCAAGCUGCCGGCCAGAUCCCCACAAUUGCGCUGCUGGCAACCUCCAGCACAAGCGGAGUGUCUGUCACCUCCACACAAGUGCCGGUUGUGGGCAGUCAGAUGACCAGACAAGCCCGACGCCUCUAUGUUGGCAAUAUUCCUUUUGGUGUGACUGAGGAGUCCAUGGCAGAGUUUUUUAAUGCCCAGAUGCGUCUGGCCGGCCUCUCCCAAGCCCCUAGUAGCCCCGUGCUGGCCGUCCAAAUCAACCAAGACAAGAAUUUUGCAUUUUUAGAGUUCCGCUCUGUAGACGAAACAACCCAGGCCAUGGCGUUCGACGGAAUCCCCUUCCAGGGCCAGUGUCUGAAGAUCAGACGUCCGCACGAUUACCGCCCCCUUCCAGGGAUUGCAGAGCAGCCAGCUUUUCAUGUUCCAGGCGUUGUAUCCACAGUGGUUCCAGACUCACCACAUAAACUCUUCAUUGGAGGCUUACCCAACUAUCUCAAUGAUGAUCAGGUUAAGGAGCUCUUAACAUCGUUCGGUCCUCUCAAAGCUUUCAAUCUUGUCAAAGACAGUGCCACAUCACUGUCCAAAGGUUACGCUUUCUGUGAAUACGUCGACAUCAGCGCCACCGAUCAGGCGGUGGCUGGUCUCAACGGCAUGCAGCUGGGCGACAAGAAACUGAUUGUCCAGAGGGCAAGCGUGGGGGCCAAGAACUCUAAUCUGACGGCCGUUAUCGAGACACCGGUGAUGCUGCAGGUGCCGGGCCUACAGAAGCUGCAGAACUCGGGCCUGCCGACGGAGGUGUUGUGUCUGCUCAACAUGGUCAUGCCCGAGGAGCUGGUGGACGACGAGGACUAUGACGAGAUCCUGGAGGACAUCCGGGAGGAGUGCUGCAAGUACGGCAGCGUGCGCUCCAUCGAGAUCCCGCGCCCCGUCGACGGAGUCGAGGUCCCGGGCUGUGGAAAGAUAUUUGUGGAAUACGCUUCUGCAGCGGAAUGUCAGAAGGCCAUGCAAGCAUUGACUGGGCGCAAGUUUGCUAACAGGAUGGUCGUCACCAAAUACUAUGAUCCCGACAUGUAUCACAGACACGAGUUCUGAAGAAAACCGCUGUGAGCUGUGCACACCUGCCCUCUUCUGCGUGGCACAUGACAUUACUACACCUUUCACACGCAUUCAGUCCCUUGCACUCUAUUGGCAAGCUAACACUGACACUGAAGACUCAAGUUGAAAAGGAAUAGAUCUUCCAAAGAUUUUUAUAGAAAUAGAGAAAAAGAAUAACACUUUGAGGAUCCUAACCAUUUCAUUUAGCUACUGCUUUAGACAUGCAGUCAGUUAAUGCUUUAUUAUAAGACUGUGCUUUGUGAAGUUUACAAGACAGGUUACACUUUUGAGAACUGAGCAGAUAUACAUGUUUGUAUUUAUGUACAGUACAACUCCAAUCACCUGGGUAUAACUCUCAUAUUUAGCAAUUAAUGAUAUUUGCUUUUAGGAGCCUAUCCUGUAGGUCAAACCUUACUGAAAAUGUUAGUUUUUAUGUGAGAAUUUCCAACAGAAUUGUACUUGUACUGCUUCAGAUGGAGAAGCACAUCCAUGACUAUGCUUUUUUGAAGCAAUAGUUUCAAAGUUUUGGUGUAUUUUUUCAUGUUACCUACUGUAGGAAUGCAAAGGUACAGGAAAAAAACAGCACAAUGUGCUUUUAAUAUUUAACAAAACAUUUAUCGUCAAAUGGUACUAAUGAACACAGAUGCCAUACCUAUGUUUUUGUUUGGUUAGGCUUUGGUCUAUGACUUGGUUUAUGAUUGUGUAUACUCAAGCUCAAGGAUCUUUGUGUGUGUGUGUGUGUGUGUGUGUGUGUAUGAGUGAGACCGAGAGAGAAAGCGAGCACAGAAGUGUGCUCUUGAAUGUCUGUGUGGAAUUAUUUAUUUAUUAACCUUAGUAUUAAAGAUAUCUAACUGAUUGCGGACAUUUACAAAAAAAGUAACGGCACGAGUUUGCAUUACACCUGAAAUGAUGCUGCAAAAGUCUGCCUAUUCAAAUCACUUGGAAGUAGCACCUGUUUGUGACUGAUGUUACCAGCAUAAAGAUAUCAAUGAAUUGCUUUGUAGAAAAUUGACAAUGCUUUUUAGACAUGCUUUAUUCAUGAUACCUUAUGAAUGUGUGCAAAAUGAAUGCUUUAGGUUUUUUCUAAAUCAUUCUAUAUUUGCCACUUAUGGAAGCUCAUUUCAGCCACUAGAGGGGAAAAGGGCAACAAACUUCAUAACAAUGAUAAAGAUAGCCUAGAUAUUAAGUGAAAACUUUGGGUUCUUUGUAGUCAAAAUAUUGAGUUGGUAAGUCAAACAUUUGAGAUACUAAGUUAGAAAGUUGACAUUUUGAGAUGGGAAGUCAGCUUUUUCAGGUACCAUGUAGGAAUUUUGAGAUAAAUAGUCACAAUUGUAUCUCUCUUUUUUUCCUAGUAUCUCAAAAUUCAGACUUGGUAAGCCUAUCUGAGAAUUUUGACUUUGUGUCUGAUUUUUUCCCCAUCUAAAGAGGCGUAAACUGACUUCCAUAGCCACUGCCUUGUCUUCAAUAAAAUAAUAAAAUAUA